AUGCGCCGCGUCCUUCUCUCUCUGGUCGUCGUCGCCGUGCACGGCUGCUACGAGGACCUGCGCAUCUGCCUCGACGGCUCGACGGUGACGCGCGACAUGAGCCGCAACUGCUCCUUUCGCCCAUGCCCCAAUGCAUCCGAGGUACCUGGCUGUGCGGACGACGGCUACAAGUGCCCCAACGGCGUCGUCGUCGGCCGCGACCCAAGCAACAACUGUACACGCCUCCGAUGCGACGGAACAUCCGCCGACAGUCCUCCUAGCACCUGCACCGAGAUGCCAGCGCAGUUGGUGUGCCCGACCGGCGACGUCCUGACACGGGAUCCGGCGGCCAACUGCACGUUUCGGGCCUGCCCGACGUCGACGUGCGCGACCGACACACAAGCCUGUCUUCUCGGCGGCCGCGUGUCCCGGAACGCCGCCCGCAACUGCGCCUUUGACCCAUGUCCGACCACGUGUACGAACGAGACGUCGAUGUGCGCCAACGGCCUCGUCGUCGCGCGCAACGCCGCCCGCAACUGCGACUUUGACCCGUGCCCGACACACGAGCGCACGUGCAGCUCGGUCGUCAAGCGCUGCACGCUGCCGUCCGGCCGCACCAAGUGGCUGCAGCAAGAGCCCUCGCUCAACUGCUCGUACCCAUCCUGUCCCUAA